UACAUUCACAUCCCCACUUGAACCAAUUCAGUGGACCAUUCUAAAACCAAACCACCCACUUCACAUUUUUCUUUCUAACUUCCAAUGGCUCUCCAGGCUGCUUCCUUGGUUUCUGCUUCUUUCAACAUUGCUAAAGAGGGAAAGUCUGGGGUGCCUCUUAGGGACACCACAAUGUUUGGUCUUUCAAUGUCUGACACUCUCACCUCUCCCUCAUUGACAUGCAAAAGGGAGUUCCAACAAAAAUUUGGCCCUGUGAGGGUCCAGUCAGUGGCGACAACAACUCCAGGAGUCACAAAGUCUGCACCAGAAGGCAAGAAAACUUUGAGGAAAGGCAGUGUUGUGAUCACUGGGGCUUCCUCUGGAUUAGGCCUUGCCACUGCCAAGGCUUUGGCUGAGACAGGAAAGUGGCAUGUGAUAAUGGCAUGCAGGGAUUUCCUGAAAGCUGAAAGGGCAGCAAAAUCUGCUGGCAUUGCUAAGGAAAACUACACCAUCAUGCAUUUGGACCUUGCCUCUCUUGACAGUGUCAGGCAAUUUGUGGAUAACUUCAGGAGGUCUGGCAGGCCACUGGAUGUGCUUGUUUGCAAUGCUGCAGUUUACUUGCCAACUGCUAGUGAACCCACAUACACUGCUGAAGGCUUUGAACUCAGUGUUGGGACAAACCAUCUGGGACAUUUCCUCCUUUCACGCCUCUUGCUUGAGGACUUGAACAAAUCUGAUUACCCUUCAAAGCGAUUGAUCAUUGUUGGCUCAAUCACAGGAAACACCAACACAUUGGCUGGAAAUGUGCCACCCAAGGCUAACCUCGGUGACUUGAGGGGACUAGCUGGGGGCUUGAAUGGACUAAACACUUCAGCCAUGAUAGAUGGAGGAUCCUUUGAUGGUGCAAAGGCCUACAAGGACAGCAAAGUCUGCAACAUGCUCACCAUGCAAGAAUUCCACAGAAGGUACCAUGAAGAAACUGGAAUCACAUUUGCUUCCCUUUACCCUGGUUGCAUUGCCACAACAGGGUUGUUCAGAGAACACAUUCCCUUGUUCAGACUUCUCUUCCCUCCCUUCCAAAAGUACAUAACCAAAGGCUUUGUCUCAGAAGAUGAAUCAGGAAAGAGACUUGCACAGGUUGUGAGUGAUCCAAGCCUAACAAAAUCAGGUGUUUACUGGAGCUGGAACAAGGCUUCUGCUUCAUUUGAAAACCAAUUGUCACAAGAGGCCAGUGAUGUAGAUAAGGCUCGCAAGGUUUGGGAGAUUAGUGAGAAACUUGUUGGUUUGGCUUAAGUGGAAGAAGCUUUCAACACUCAUCUUGAUUCAGGGACAUUUGUCAUGGAGUUCAGUAACAUCUCAGAAGAGUUUAGACCCUUUUCUGAUGCGUUUCUUAGAUGCUUUUUUUUUUUCUUCUAGCUGCUAACUCCUCGUGUCGAUGAAUCUUUCAACUAUGAGGCCAAGUGCACAUGAACUAUAGAGAAAUCGAAUACCCAUGCAUGUUGUCUAUAAUCAAUGUCAUUGCCUAUCUUGGGUCAGCAUUUGGUCCUGUUUUUUUCA